AUGGCCAAGAAAUACGAGGGAGUUGCUAUAGGAAUUGACCUUGGCACCACCUACUCAUGUGUUGGAGUGUGGCAGGAGCAAAACAAUCGCGUUGAAAUCAUUCACAAUGAUCAAGGAAACAGAACCACACCUUCUUGUGUUGCUUUCACUAAUUCUCAAAGAUUGAUCGGUGAUGCUGCUAAGAAUCAAGCUUCCUCCAACCCAACCAACACUGUCUUUGAUGCUAAGAGGUUGAUUGGAAGGAAAUAUAGCGAUGUUACUCAGAAUGAUAUUCUAUUGUGGCCCUUUAAGGUCGUUUCCGGUGAUAAUGACAAGCCUACGAUCCUCGUGAGUUAUCAGGGUAAGGAAAAACACCUUGUUCCCGAGGAAAUAUCAGCCAUGAUUCUCACACAGAUGCGAGAGAUUGCAGGGGCUUUUUUGGAAUCACCUGUUAAGAAUGCAGUGAUUACGGUACCUGCAUAUUUUAAUGAUUCACAGCGAAGAGCUACCAAAGAUGCAGGUGAUAUUGCUGGUCUCAAUGUUAUGAGGAUAAUCAAUGAGCCAACUGCGGCGGCUCUUGCAUAUGGACUUCAAAAGAGAGCUAAUUGUGUUGGAGAGAGAACUAUUUUCAUCUUUGAUCUUGGUGGAGGAACUUUUGAUGUGUCUCUCCUUACAAUUAAGAAUAAUUCCUUUGAUGUCAAGGCCACUGCUGGUGACACUCGCCUGGGAGGAGAGGACUUUGAUAAUCGAAUGCUGAAUCACUUUGUGAAGGAGUUUAAGAGAAAGAACAAAGUUGACAUUAGUGGAAACUCAAAAGCCUUGAGGAGAUUGAGAACUGCCUGCGAGAGGGCAAAAAGAACACUUUCAUACGAUACUGAUGCAACGAUCGAUAUAGAUGUAAUAUGUGAGGGUAUUGACUUCUGUUCAUCAAUUACUCGGGCCAAGUUUGAGCAACUGAAUAUGGACCUCUUUGAAAAGUGUAUGGAAACAGUUGAAAGUUGUUUGCUUGAUUCAAAGAUGGACAAGAGUAGGGUUGAUGACAUUGUCCUUGUUGGUGGGUCUUCUAGGAUUCCCAAAGUGAAGCAACUAUUGCAAGAGUUUUUCAAGGGGAAGGAAUUAUGCAAGAGCAUCAACCCUGAUGAGGCUGUUGCUUAUGGUGCAGCUGUCCAAGCUGCUUUGUUGAGUGAAGGCAGUAAGAAUGUUCCAAAUUUGGUGCUGCAAGAUGUUAUCCCUUUGUCACUUGGUAUCAGAACGGAAGGAGAUAUUAUGAGUGUGAUGAUUCCUAGGAAUACUUGUGUACCAUUCAAGAAAACACAAGGUUAUGAAACAGCUUCAGAUAACCAAUCUUCAGUCUCAGUUAAGGUUUAUGAGGGUGAAAGAGUUAUUGCAACCGAGAACAACUUGCUUGGUUUGUUUAAUCUCAAGGUUCCACUUGCUCCUCGGGGACAUCCUUUCAAAGUAUGCUUUACUAUAGAUGCAGAUGGUAUAUUAAACGUCUCUGCAGAGGAAGAAACAAGUGGUAAUAAGAAAGAUAUUACAAUAACUAAUGAAAAUGGAAGAUUGUCAAGAGAAGAAAUUGAGAGAAUGAUCCAAGAAGCUGAGAAUUUCAAGGAUCAAGAUAUGAAGUUCAAAACGAAAGCUAAAGCCAUAAAUGCUUUGGACGAUUAUCUCUACACCGUGAGGAAAGCAAUGAAGGAUGAUUGUGUAAGUUCCAAGCUCAACCCUGAUGACAAAGUGAAGAUCAAUUCUGCAAUGAUUAAGGGAAAAAGUUUGAUUGAUGAUAACAAGCAGGAAGAUACGUUUAUGUUUGUGGAUUGUUUGAAGGAGCUUGAGAGUGUGUUUGAAUCUGCUAUGAACAAGGUCAAUAAAAGUUACUCUGAUGAGGAAAGUGAUUCCGAUUCCUAA